AUGACAAAAGACUGGGUCCACUCCUUCGGUCACUUCUUCUUCUCCAAGAUCUUUUGGCAAAGUGUCGUCAUUGCUGCAGUCGUUGCCUCUCCUCGGUGCUCGGAAGGGACUUUGCCUACUACCAGAGAAUUUCCUGCCUUUAAACUGCUCACUUCCUCCUCCAAUUCUGCUUUUGGUAUGGACUUUCAUCUUUUACUUCUGUACUGGAAGGCUUCGGAAGGAGUCUGGUAUCUGGUUGAAACGGGAAUUAAUGUCUUGUACAGACGCUACCCAGCCAUCAUCUCUCACCUUUGGAACUCUCUCCCGACGCUACCCAGCCAUCAUCUCUCACCUUUGGAACUCUCUCCCGACGCUACCCAGCCAUCAUCUCUCACCUUUGGAACUCUCUCCCGACGCUACCAGCCAUCCCCCUUGGACUCUCCCGACGCUACCCAGCCAUCAUCUCUCACCUUUGGAACUCUCUCCCGACGCUACCCAGCCAUCAUCUCUCACCUUUGGAACUCCCUCCCGACGCUACCCAGCCAUCAUCUCUCACCUUUGGAACUCCCUCCCGACGCUACCCAGCCAUCAUCUCUCACCUUUGGAACUCUCUCCCGACGCUACCCAGCCAUCAUCUCUCACCUUUGGAACUCCCUCCCGACGCUACCCAGCCAUCAUCUCUCACCUUUGGAACUCUCUCCCGACGCUACCCAGCCAUCAUCUCUCACCUUUGGAACUCUCUCCCGACGCUACCCAGCCAUCAUCUCUCACCUUUGGAACUCUCUCCCGACGCUACCCAGCCAUCAUCUCUCACCUUUGGAACUCCCUCCCGACGCUACCCAGCCAUCAUCUCUCACCUUUGGAACUCUCUCCCGACGCUACCCAGCCAUCAUCUCUCACCUUUGGAACUCUCUCCCGACGCUACCCAGCCAUCAUCUCUCACCUUUGGAACUCCCUCCCGACGCUACCCAGCCAUCAUCUCUCACCUUUGGAACUCCUCUCCCGACGCUACCCAGCCAUCAUCUCUCACCUUUGGAACUCCCUCCCGACGCUACCCAGCCAUCAUCUCUCACCUUUGGAACUCCCUCCCGACGCUACCCAGCCAUCAUCUCUCACCUUUGGAACUCUCUCCCGACGCUACCCAGCCAUCAUCUCUCACCUUUGGAACUCUCCUCCCGACGCUACCCAGCCAUCAUCUCUCACCUUUGGAACUCCUCCCGACGCUACCCAGCCAUCAUCUCUCACCUUUGGAACUCCCUCCCGACGCUACCCAGCCAUCAUCUCUCACCUUUGGAACUCCCUCCCGACGCUACCCAGCCAUCAUCUCUCACCUUUGGAACUCCCUCCCGACGCUACCCAGCCAUCAUCUCUCACCUUUGGAACUCCCUCCCGACGCUACCCAGCCAUCAUCUCUCACCUUUGGAACUCCCUCCCGACGCUACCCAGCCAUCAUCUCUCACCUUUGGAACUCCCUCCCGACGCUACCCAGCCAUCAUCUCUCACCUUUGGAACUCCCUCCCGACGCUACCCAGCCAUCAUCUCUCACCUUUGGAACUCCCUCCCGACGCUACCCAGCCAUCAUCUCUCACCUUUGGAACUCCCUCCCGACGCUACCCAGCCAUCAUCUCUCACCUUUGGAACUCCCUCCCGACGCUACCCAGCCAUCAUCUCUCACCUUUGGAACUCUCUCCCGACGCUACCCAGCCAUCAUCUCUCACCUUUGGAACUCCCUCCCGACGCUACCCAGCCAUCAUCUCUCACCUUUGGAACUCCCUCCCGACGCUACCCAGCCAUCAUCUCUCACCUUUGGAACUCCCUCCCGACGCUACCCAGCCAUCAUCUCUCACCUUUGGAACUCCCUCCCGACGCUACCCAGCCAUCAUCUCUCACCUUUGGAACUCCCUCCCGACGCUACCCAGCCAUCAUCUCUCACCUUUGGAACUCCCUCCCGACGCUACCCAGCCAUCAUCUCUCACCUUUGGAACUCCUCCCGACGCUACCCAGCCAUCAUCUCUCACCUUUGGAACUCCCUCCCGACGCUACCCAGCCAUCAUCUCUCACCUUUGGAACUCUCUCCCGACGCUACCCAGCCAUCAUCUCUCACCUUGGAACUCCCUCCCGACGCUACCCAGCCAUCAUCUCUCACCUUUGGAACUCCCUCCCGACGCUACCCAGCCAUCAUCUCUCACCUUUGGAACUCUCUCCCGACGCUACCCAGCCAUCAUCUCUCACCUUUGGAACUCCUCUCCCGACGCUACCCAGCCAUCAUCUCUCACCUUUGGAACUCUCUCCCGACGCUACCCAGCCAUCAUCUCUCACCUUUGGAACUCUCUCCCGACGCUACCCAGUGAUCCACUCUUCCCUCGAGCACCAACCGCAAUGCAUCCAAUACCACUCUGCCCCUUGGGGACCACGCCCGACGCUUCCCUAUGA